GGGAAAGCUAAGAUUCCAAAUUAAAGUUGGAAUCGCAAGGAACAGCAAGCAGCUCUGCUGAAUGGACUCCUCCGUGGGGUUAUUGUGCAGGUCACGAGGUUAGCUCACUUUUGUCUUUUUACUCAGCUGCUGCAGAAGAAAUCCUCUGUGUGUUCUCCUGAAUUGUAAAGGCUGGUAAGAAAGAGAAGCCGAAGUCAUCCAUUAAUCCCCGGGCAAGGUCCUAUUGAAGCAGCUGCAGUGAAAGCUCUCACACGCUGCCCUGGAAAUAACCCCGGCUGUGACGUGGUGAGAUGACCCUAGAAUUCCGAAAAAGCAGGCCGAGGCCCUAUGGUUUAGUGAUUCCCAUUAGUACCAAUGCAGAUGGAAGCUACAUCUCCAACAUCCUCUCUGCGAGUCACCAGAGGCGAGCGCCGCGGGAGGUGUCCCCGAGCCCCAGACAGCUCUACUUCAACGUCACCGCCUUCGGGAGGGAAUUCCACCUGCGGCUGAAGCCCAACACUCGCUUGCUGGCUCCCGAGGCCGUGGUGGAGUGGUACGAAGACUCUGUGCAGACUGGGAGCCAUGGUGCUAACACGAGCCGGACUGGCGCUGCUACAGAGCGACUGUGGAAGAGGGAGCCCCUGUGGACCAACUGCGCCUACGUGGGGGACAUCACGGACAUCCCCGGAGCUGCGGUGGCCAUCAGCAACUGCGACGGGCUGGCUGGAAUGAUAAGAACCGAUGAGGAUGAGUACUUCAUUGAGCCCUUGGAAAGAGGCAAGCAGAUGGAAGAGGAGAAGGGAAGGAUCCACAUGGUGUACCGGCGGUCAGCAGUAGCGCAGCAUCCCCCCGACACGCUCCCCGAUGUCCACACAGAAGGGUCCCUCCUGGGAGCGCUGAGUUCCCUGCACGGCCAGGUGGAGCAGCGGCUGAACGAGAGCCUGCGGCGCCGCCGGCACGCGGGAGACGACGACCACAACAUCGAGGUGCUGCUGGGGGUGGACGACUCCGUCGUCCGAUUCCACGGCAAAGAACACGUCCAAAACUACCUCCUCACCCUCAUGAACAUCGUGAAUGAAAUUUACCACGACGAGUCCCUGGGCGUUCACAUCAACGUCGUGCUGGUGCGAAUGAUCAUGUUGGGGUACGCGAAGUCCAUCAGCCUGAUCGAGCGGGGGAACCCCUCGCGCAGCCUGGAGAACGUGUGCCGCUGGGCCUAUCAGCAGCAGAAGUCGGACCCCAGCCACGCCGAGCACCACGACCACGCCAUCUUCUUAACCAGGCAAGAUUUUGGGCCCGCUGGUAUGCAAGGAUACGCUCCUGUGACGGGCAUGUGCCACCCAGUCCGGAGCUGCACCCUCAACCACGAGGACGGGUUUUCGUCAGCCUUUGUUGUUGCUCAUGAGACCGGGCACGUGCUGGGCAUGGAGCACGACGGGCAGGGAAACAGAUGCGGGGACGAGACGGCGAUGGGCAGCGUCAUGGCCCCCUUGGUGCAGGCUGCCUUCCACCGCUACCACUGGUCCCGCUGCAGCGGCCAGGAGCUCAGGAGAUACAUCCACUCUUACGACUGUCUGCUUGACGACCCUUUCGAGCACGACUGGCCCAAGCUGCCUGAGCUGCCAGGCAUCAACUAUUCCAUGGACGAGCAGUGCCGCUUCGACUUCGGUGUGGGCUACAGGAUGUGCACAGCGUUCCGAACCUUUGAUCCGUGCAAGCAGCUGUGGUGCAGCCACCCCGACAACCCCUAUUUCUGCAAGACCAAGAAAGGACCUCCCCUCGACGGCACGGAAUGUGCACCUGGAAAAUGGUGCUACAAAGGUCACUGCAUGUGGAAGAACACCAACCAGCUGAAGCAGGAUGGACACUGGGGACCCUGGACCAAGUUUGGCUCCUGCUCCCGGACCUGUGGAACUGGGGUUCGCUUCCGCACGCGCCAGUGCAACAACCCAAUGCCCAUCAAUGGAGGUGACGACUGCGCCGGGGUCAAUUUUGAGUUCCAGCUGUGCAGCACCGAGGAGUGUCCGAAGCACUUUGAGGACUUCAGGGCGCAGCAGUGCCAGCAGCGCAAUUCCCACCUGGAGUUCCGGGGCAACCGGCACCACUGGCUGCCCUACGAGCACCCCGACCCUCCCAAGAGAUGUCACCUGUACUGCCAGUCCAGGGAAACCGGGGAUGUGGCUCACAUGAAGCAGCUGGUGCAUGACGGGACUCGCUGCUCCUACAAGGAUCCCUACAGCAUCUGUGUCCGUGGGGAAUGUGUGAAAGUGGGCUGUGACAAGGAAAUUGGCUCCAACAAGGCCGAGGAUCAGUGUGGGGUCUGUGGCGGGGACGACUCCCACUGCCGGACUGUGAAGGGGACCUUCACCCGCACCCCCAAAAAGCUCGGGUACCUUAAGAUGUUUGAUAUCCCUCCUGGGGCUCGACAUGUGUUUAUCCAAGAAGACGAGGCCUCUCCUCACUUCCUUGCAAUCAAGAACCAGGCUACAGGACACUAUAUCCUGAACGGGAAAGGGGAGGAGGCCAGAUCCCGAUCCUUCAUCGACCUGGGCGUGCAGUGGGAAUACAGCAUCGAGGACGACAUCGAAACGCUGCACACGGACGGGCCCCUGCACGACACCGUGGUAGUGCUGAUCAUUCCUCGGGAGAACGACACCAGAUCCAGCCUGACUUACAGAUACAUCAUCCACGAGGAUUCGGUGCCGACCAUCCACAGCAACAACGUGCUGCGGGAGGACACGGACACCUUCGAGUGGGCCUUGAAGAGCUGGUCCCAGUGCUCCAAACCCUGUGGUGGAGGGUUCCAGUACACCAAAUACGGGUGCCGCAGGAAGAGUGACAACAAGAUGGUCCAUCGCAGCUUCUGUGAAGGCAGCAAAAAGCCAAAGCCCAUCCGUAGGAUGUGCAACCUGCAGGAGUGCACGGAGCCCCUCUGGGCAGCAGACGAGUGGGAACACUGCACCAAAACCUGUGGGAAUUCUGGCUACCAGCUACGCACGGUGCGCUGCAUCCAGCCUCUUCCCGACGGCACCAACCGCUCCGUCCAUGCCAAGUUCUGCAGCGGGGAUCGCCCUGAGAGCCGCCGCUCCUGCAACCGGGCACCGUGUCCUGCCCCGUGGAAAACCGGACCCUGGUCCCAGUGCUCGGUGACCUGCGGGGAGGGGACUGAGAGCCGGCAGGUCCUGUGCCGUGCUGGGGACCGCUGCGACGGGGAACGGCCCGAGUCCGUGAGGGUCUGCCAGCUCGCUCCCUGUGACGACGAGCCCUGCCUGGGAGACAAAUCCAUCUUCUGCCAGAUGGAAGUGCUGGCCCGGUACUGCUCCAUCCCUGGAUACCACAAGCUGUGCUGUGAAUCCUGCGGGCAGCGCAGCAGCACCUUCCCACCUCCCAGAGCUGCCGGGACCGAGGGGCACACAGCGUUGGAUCCGGGCAACCUGCUGAGGGCUCCGCCGGUGCCCACCCCUGCGGUGCCCCCCCGGGCUCAGCUCCUGCCCAGGAGCAGUUCCCUGGGCCGGCCACCUCCGGCAACAGAGGAGGCUGAGUGGCACAUCCCACCCUCCAGCCCCGAGCCCAAAGGCACCGGUGUUCCACACCGGAGAGCUCCUCCGGCUGGGAAGACUUCCCGCCUCUUGGCUUUGCUGCACCAGGCCCCUGCCAACAGCAGCAGCCUCAGCCCUCGCAGGGCUCUGCCUCCGGUGCCAGCGGAGAACAUGGCAGCAGGGGCUCCUGCACCAGCCAGGGCCUCUGGGAACAGCGAGGAUCACCUUGGGAAGCGAUGGUCUCCAAGGGCCGGCCCUGUGGAUCGAUGAAGGGGAAGGCUUGUGGAGAUAGCCAUGGAAAAGGGGCUUUGUUGUGCGCUCCAGGGGGAAUUCCCUGAACUCUGAACACUCCGGAGUGCACUGUGUGCCCCAGGCAGGACACUGCAGGGCACAGCUCGUCCCCUGGAAAUACAAAGGACAAGAAGUGCUGGUUCACUUUCUGUUGCUCCGGCCUCCUCCUGCCCCGUGUUCCCUGCCCAGCUGGGAUGCACGGAUGAAACCCAAGCAAGAUUCCUGGCAGGGAGUAGGAGUCGCUGAGGGCUCCAUCCAGCCUGGGCCCAAAGGUGGCCCUGACCUCACUCUCCCCCAUGAUUUUGGGUUCCAAACACUCACCUGGAGGAAAUGCCCCACUGCAGGCAGGCCCAGACAGCAACACCUGAUAAAACACCUUUGCCACGGACCAAGGGAGCCCUCAGGACUUGUUUGGCUCAUCUACCCCUGGACAGGGAUGUUGCACAAGCACCUUUGCAGCCGUUGGGUAAAUCCUGGACAGGGCAGGAAAUCAGGGUUAUCAUUAGAAUUUUGUGCUGUCACACAACUGUUUACCUGUGUUGUUCUGCCCCGUGGACAUUUCCAAGGGGCCGGUGUUUAAAGCAGCAGUAGCAUAAAAGGAGGGGUUUCAUUUGCGUAGGAAUUAAACUGUUGGCACAACAGGUUUGGGGGGUUUGGGGCAUCAUCAGUGCGAUGCUGGAUUUUGAAAUAGGGAAACCCUGUAGAUACUGCAAGUGCUGUCCUGGUCCCAGGCCAAAGGGGUUCCCAGCUGCUCCCCACGUCUGUGCUGAACCAGCACCCAGAGGCAGAACAGGUGCUGCCAAGACUUCAAGGAGAGGAUUUUUUUCCUGACAGGAAGCAUGGAUUUCAAGGCCUGAGAGAUGUUUCUUUCCACCGUGGUUCACCUCCAAACCUCCUCGAGUACGGCACAUCCGACUGCAAUCAUUAAUUUAUGCCAAUCCCCCACCUUGUCUCAGCCCCACCAGCCACGCUCCCUCCAGCCCAUUGCUGUAAAGGACUUGUAAAGGGGAGUGAGAGCUACAAAUAUUUAUUAAAAAAGUGGAUUUCUUGACAAUAUUUUAUGUACUAAAUAUUUACACCAAGAGCAGGUGACUCUUCUUUUUGCCAAGAUCAAAUCCAGAGAUGGAAUUAGAUGCUGUGUUGUAGGGACAGAACGGAAAGUUAAGCUACUAAACUGCUGUAGAGAAAUGAUUGAUUUGUAUUCUUCAAAAAGAUGACAGGGUUUUAUCACAGUUUUCUCUCAUUUCUCGGUGGGCUAUUACAGUUUCACAUGCAAUUGCUGCCCCCCUCUAAGGAAUCCCCAGGACCCACCCAUUUAAUGCUGUGAAGUGAUUGGGGCCCCAAAGAUCCAGUUCUGGCAACAUCCCGGUGCCCCUGUGGGGUCCCUCAGAGGAAAUAAGGGUGGCAAUGGCUCAGCAGAGGUGUCCAGCCCCCAGUGCAGAUAAUCCUUGGACCUUUGGAUGUCCUUUCUUCCCAGCUCAUUGCUCUGUCUGUCACUCCUGAUGCUGCGUGUGUAUCGGGGAGCACAUGACAAUAAAACCUUCAACAGCCCAA